AUGGAUUCAUACGGGGCUAAACUGAACCGUAGCCAGUCGCUGGCGAGCGGCCUGGAGAAGCCUUCACCGACGUGGAAGCCGUCUCACUCUCGCAGCAGCAGCACACUGUCAUCCUCCAGACAGAUUAUCAAAGACUGGGAAGUGAUUGACGACCUUCAGGUAGAAACACAGGCAGGAGGUGACAAUCUUCAGGAUAAGACCGCCCCGGGAAUCUGUGAAGGAUAUCUCCUCAAGAGGAGGAAGUGGCCACUGAAAGGUUGGCACAAGCGAUACUUUGUCUUGGAAUUAGGAAACUUGCGUUACUCCAAAAAUCAACAAGAUGUGUCCCGGGGAAGAGUCCAGGGCUCUUUAGACGUUAGCCUCGCGGUCAUGUCCAUAAACAAGAAGACAAAUCGGAUUGACUUGGACGCGGGGGACAUUCUCUAUCACAUGAAGGCAAAGAACCACGAGCUCUUCUACAUUUGGGUCACCAAGCUACAAGCUCACCGCCAGUACAAGAAGAACGAGGCGGCUCAUGUUACCAGCGGCUUCCUCCACACUUUGUCCAACAGCAUCGCGGCCGGACAAGCUCAGAGAAACGGAGACGUGAGCUCUGCAGGCAUGGCGGAUUCAACUGGAGCAUCUCCAGGAGUGCUGCCGUCCGCUAACACGGCUGUGAACAGCAAAGUGUCGGCCUGGCUGCAGCAAAGUCACGACCAAGACACCUGUGUUCAAGAGCUGAACCGCUGCCAUUUGGAACUUUCUGAGAUAAACCGCUUAAUCCAGAGGCUGCAGAUGUUGGAGGCCGGUCAGACUUUGACUAACGGAGACCUGAAGCGCAUCAUCAGUUUACAGAAUCUCUCGCUUGAGAAGCCGAAGAAGCCGAGGUCAGGGAAGAUAUGGGGCCACACUCGCACAUUAUCCAGAGUGGAGGCCCUGGGAAUGCUGUCCUCCAGUCACCUGGGCAGCUCGCCUCACCUCGGUGCAUCCUCCUCCUCCAUCCCUGACUACGUCUUCUCCCAGCUGUCCCCUCCUACUGUCACAUCGCCCGAGGGCAAGAAAAUCCAGCAGGACAUCUGUGCCAUGUCGCUACGAGUGAUUGCUUCCCUGAAGUCAGUGCAUGAAACUCUGUCCCAGGAGAGGCAGAAGCUGCAAGAAGUCUGGGAGACCAACAACAUCCACCAGUCUAACACAUUAGCUGAGCCUGCAGCAGCGAGGUCUCCAUCCCACGGGCCUUCCUCAGUGGCAGACUCAGCUGCAGAGUACUUUGACGCCAGCGACGACAUCCUUUGUGGAAGUUCUUCUGAGCUGUCCGAUGAGUCAGGACUUAGUGACGGAAGCACAACCAACUCUGAGCCGGAGGAAGGACACGCAUCGGCCACCAGGAAGUAUCGUGCCAGCAUUUCCAGGACUCCAAACAGCGUUGUUCCCAAGAGCACCGGCCGGCGAACCACACUGCCUGCUACUUGUCCCGACAACAGCCACGUGGGCCUCAUGGCUAUCCUCUAUAAUAACAUAGGUAAAGACUUGGCUCGAGUGUCCAUGCCCGCUCCUCUCAAUGAGCCCGUUAACCUUCUGCAGAGGCUUUGUGAAGAGCUGGAGUACAGUGAGCUGCUGGAUACCGCCAACAACACGCAAGACCCAUACCAGAGGAUGGUUUACAUUGCUGCCUUUGCUAUCUCUGGUUACUCCACUGCGACGUUCAGGAAUCACUACAAGCCCUUUAACCCGGUGCUGGGCGAGACCUACGAGUGCCUCAGAGAGGACCGGGGCUUCCGCCUCAUCAGUGAGCAGGUCUGCCAUCAUCCCCCCAUCUCUGCCUGCCAUGCACAGUCAGAUAACUUCUCCUUUUGGCAAGACCAGCGAUGGAAGAAUAAAUUCUGGGGGAAGUCGCUGGAAAUUCUUCCAACAGGAAUGGUGAACGUCACUCUUCCGAGGUACGGAGACCACUAUGAGUGGAACAAAGUGGUGACCUGCAUCCACAACGUCCUCAGCCAGCAGCGCUAUCUGGAGCAUUAUGGAGAGGUCACCAUCCGCAACCUCAAAAGCAACGUGUGCACCUGCAAGAUAACCUUCGUCAAGUCUCGUUACUGGGGUUCAGACACGAAUAAGAACGAGGUGCAGGGCACGGUGCUGGACCAGAGUGGGAGCGUCAUUCACCGGUUCGGAGGUCUGUGGCACGAAGGCAUCUUCUGCGACACUCUGCCCACUCCGAAAUGUGUCUGGAAGCCAAAUCCCCAGCCAAAGGAUGACCUGCUGUACUACGGCUUCUCCAGCUUCGCCAUGGAGCUGAACGAGCUCACCCCCGACCUGAAGCCUCUCCUGCCUCCGACAGACAGCCGCCUGCGCCCCGACCAAAGGAUGCUGGAGGACGGGAAGGUGGAUGAAGCGGACAAACAGAAAGACGACAUAGAGGAGUUUCAGAGGGAGCGGAGAAAAGAGCUCGCAAAGAAAGGGGAAGAACAUGCUCCUCGUUUUUUCAAGAAAACCAAAGAUUCCUGUGGACGGGACGUGUGGUUGACUAACGAGAUGUACUGGAAGCUCAGAGAGAAUCCAGGUUUUGCUAAUAUUGAAAACAUAACUGUGUGGUGA